AUGGAAAGUUCCGAAGUGAUGUUCUCAGUGGUCCUUUUCAUCUUUUCGGUCUGGGAGCUGGGGUCACAAACUGUGAAGGUCUGGGAGCUGGGGUCACUAACUGUGAAGGGCUGGGAGCUGGGGUCACUAACUGUGAAGGUCUGGGAGCUGGGGUCACUAACUGUGAAGGUCUGGGAGCUGGGGUCCCUAACUGUGAAGGUCUGGGAGCUGGGGUCACUAACUGUGAAGAUCUGGGAGCUGGGGUCCCUAACUGUGAAGGUCUGGGAGCUGGGGUCACUAACUGUGAAGGUCUGGGAGCUGGGGUCACUAACUGUGAAGGUCUGGGAGCUGGGGUCACUAACUGUGAAGGUCUGGGAGCUGGGGUCACUAACUGUGAAGGUCUGGGAGCUGGGGUCCCUAACUGUGAAGGUCUGGGAGCUGGGGUCACUAACUGUGAAGGGCUGGGAGCUGGGGUCACUAACUGUGAAGGUCUGGGAGCUGGGGUCCCUAACUGUGAAGGUCUGGGAGCUGGGGUCACUAACUGUGAAGAUCUGGGAGCUGGGGUCCCUAACUGUGAAGGUCUGGGAGCUGGGGUCCCUAACUGUGAAGGUCUGGGAGCUGGGGUCACUAACUGUGAAGGUCUGGGAGCUGGGGUCACUAACUGUGAAGGUCUGGGAGCUGGGGUCACUAACUGUGAAGGUCUGGGAGCUGGGGUCCCUAACUGUGAGGGUCUGGGAGCUGGGGUCCCUAACUGUGAAGGUCUGGGAGCUGGGAUCCCUAACUGUGAAGGGCUGGGAGCUGGGGUCACUAACUGUGAAGGGCUGGGAGCUGGGGUCACUAACUGUGAAGGAUUCUGUUCCAUUCUUCUGGAAAAAUUUCUUCCACUCACCUGGAUCCAAGGAAGAAGGCUCCAUCCGUGUGACAUCUUCCCGAACCCUGGGAAUUUGAAGUCUUUUGAGGAAGCUCAGAGAUCUGCCCAAAGCCUCCGCUUGUGGCCACUGUUCUUCAGGCAGUGACCUUGCUGACAUCAUCCUGACCCCUCCCGUCUAUUUGAAUCUCCCAUUCUUUUGUCUGGAGUAAAGGCUUUUGCUCUCAGAGGUCUAAUCCCCUCGCCUCCCCCUCAGCGCCCAGCAAAGAGGAAGGGGCCUAUUUGCUGGAUUCUGGGGUCUGCACUCCUCAAAGUGCACACAUACUCCUCUAGUGAAUUCCUGCCCUGAUCUUCAGCCCUAGAACACAAGCUUCUCUGUUCGCUCACUGCCCUGGGGCCACUGGGAUCAGGACUUUUUGAGAGAGGACUUAUGAUAUAGAAAUGAAUAAUAAAUCACCCGUCCAACGGGCCAGGAUUUGGUGUGCAAGCAAGUUACACUAUUCUUCUGGCAAUAUGAGUCUCUGGAGACAAAAGUAACACCUCGAAGAGAGCUAUGGUUCUAUAGUGGUUGCCCAUGACUAAGGAUGUGUAAAGGUGACAGGGCCCAAGACGCAGGCCUUAUUAUCCUCAAGGCGCCCCCCAAACCCUGGUGGGUCAGUGCCAGAUGCCUCAUUUCUGAACUUAAAAAGCACAUAAUUAUGGUAUUGUUUGACUGCCAAGAAUUCUGGGUUAAUCUCAGUUUUAUUUUGACUGCUACCUAAAAUAGCUUGCCCCGGAGGACAGCAGCAAAAGCCGGGAAGCCCAAACCAGAAAGGCAGGACUGUCUGAGAUCCAGGCAAGCUCCCACUUGGGAGACAUGGAGCCAGCUUCCCACCUCCACAGGCCUCUUCUUAGUUAGAUGCUAGCCCACAGCAGCCCCCAGUCCACCUGCAUGGCCACCCCCACUACUUAGGAUCUGGCCUGAGCCGGGGCAGAGCUGUAGAGAGGUCCAAUUUCCCAAACACGCUUAUCCCUAGAUGCAUUCAGGAUAGUCCCUGAGAUCAUUUGGAGCAUUGCUCCUGGGAUUGGAGCAGACGGGAUAAAUAAUGCCCACAGUUGAAGUAACUGAGUUCCUGUGCCAGUGCCUGCAUGGAGCAGCCCUAUUAGAGCUGAUGAUGACUCUGGUCAGUUCUUUGGCUCUCUUCUGACUUGUUCAGAGCUAUAUAACUAGGAAGAGGCAGAAAUAGAACUUCCCCUUGCUUGUCUCCUGCCCAGGGAGCACAUGGAUACUCAGAGGUCAGAGAGAGACUCUCAUUAGGCUUCACAGGAGGAGGGCUUCCACUCCUAAGUGAGCCACAAGAGUGGGCUUGUGAUUGGUGCCUCUCAGAGCUUCUGGCACCAUAGCUAAGAGACUCAGUGUUAGUGUUGUCUCCCAUCCUUGGUUCAAUCCAUGGAUUCUGGCAGUCCACUCUGUCCUCAGGUUCCAGCCUCUGGACUAAGCUGUAAGAUACAGAGAAGAGAUCAAUGACGUUAGUGGGAACACAUCCUACCUGGUGUAUGAAUUUAUUUACAGAGGCCUACUGCCGCCUGCACUCCCAGUGUGUCAGUGACUCUGGCACCAGAACCAACAGCGUAGACAUAGAUAUCCAGGAGGAAGAUUAGUGGAGUUGACUUACAGUUGUAUAAUGGCAAGAUCAUCGGCAAACUGGAGACCCAAGGACACUGGAGCCCAGCUCAGUACAGCUCUGAGUGCUUUAAUAUCAGGAAAGUCAGUGCUGUAGCUCUCAGUCUAAGGCAAAAAAAAAAAAAAAAAAAAAAAAAAAGAA